AUGAAUGUUCCUCUCUACCUUCUGACCGUCGCUCACUUGCUUUUUGCCGCCGCCGGAGCUCAGCGCGUCUCUGUGGAGCGACAACUUCUGGAGGAGGAGAUCCGGCCGGGACGCAGGACGUGCAGGCUCUACUGUCGGGUCGGCAUCGGCUUCCACCUCCAGAUUCAUCCCGACGGCAGAGUGAACGGCAGCCAUGAGGCCAACCAGCUGAGUGUCCUGGAGCUCUUCGCCGUCUCUCAGGGGGUCAUCGGCAUCAAAGGGGUCUACAGCAACAGAUUCCUGUCCAUGAAUAAAAGAGGACGCCUCCACGCCACGGAGUGGUUCUCUGAUGACUGUAAGUUCAGGGAGCGUUUCCAGGAGAACAGCUACAACACGUACGCCUCGCUCCUCCACAGGAACCAGCGGACGGGGCGCGACUGGUUCGUGGCCCUCAACAAGAGAGGGAAAGCUAAGAUGGGCUCCAGCCCGCGGGUCAAAUCGCAGCACGUCUCCACCCACUUCCUGCCCAGAGUCAGCACGCACGACAACCGUCAGCGAGGCUUCACCAUCACCGACCGGGGCAAAGACAGGAGGAAAGCCCCGGCCCGCCCAAACCUCUGA